UCUCUUUCUGCGAACCCCCCUGAGGUGGUUUCCCACCGACUAUCUUUCGGGAUGCACAAGCAAGCACAGGGGUAAAAGGUCAUAAAGAUGGCGCUGGCCGUUCGGCUGCUACCCCGCUUGCUGCUCUCUCGGCCGCUGCCCGGCGGGGCCGCCCGACCCCGGCCUCCCGAUGCAGCCGAGGGGAGGCCGCCGUUGGCUGGACUUUGCUGCUGCUGCCGCCGCCUUCUCGGCUCGGGCGCGGCCCCGUUCCCUCGCGUCCCUCGGGCCUCGGCGGCCUGGGCGCUGCCUGCUCGCGGUCCCCGGCCUCCCCGGCUCGGCGCUCGGGGGCUCCCCGCGCUCUCCGCGCUCCCCGGGCGCAGCUAUAGCACCGAGGAGCAGCCGCAGUCGCGCCAGAAGACCAAGAUGAUCAUCCUGGGCUUCUCCAACCCCAUCAACUGGGUGCGGACUCGAAUUUUCGCCUUCCUUAUCUGGGCCUAUUUCGACCGCGAGUUCAGCAUCGCAGAAUUCUCUGAGGGAGCGAAGCAGGCUUUUGCUCAUGUGUCCAAGUUGCUGUCACAGUGUAAAUUUGAUCUGUUGGAAGAACUUGUGGCCAAAGAGGUGCUACAUGUAUUGAAAGAAAAGGUUACUUCACUACCUGACAACCAUAAGCAUGCCCUUGCUGCUGACAUCGAUGAGAUUGUGUACACAUCCACAGGAGACAUCUCCAUCUACUACGAUGAGAAAGGAAGGAAGUUUGUUAACAUCCUGAUGUGCUUUUGGUAUCUAACCAGUGCCAGCAUCCCCAGUGAAACUAUAAGUGGAGCCAGUGUGUUCCAGGUUAAGUUGGGGGAUCAGAACGUGGAAACUAAACAACUUCUUAGUGCAAGCUAUGAAUUUCAGAGGGAGUUUACACAAGGAGUGAAGCCUGAUUGGACCAUUGCACGGAUUGAACACUCAAAGUUAUUAGAAUAAUCUUUCUCGGAAAAAUCAGCUUAUUGGACUGUUAGCAAUUGCUGUGAGAAACUAAGGAAGAAAAAUUUUUGGAUCAUGUGAUCUUCACUUAGUGAAGUCUGUGGAUUACUUUUGUAUUAUUUUGAAAUACUCCUUGUAGUGUAUUAGCAUGAUAUAAUAAAGCAUUUUCCACAGAUUGUUGUCACCUUCUAUAAAAGAGGUCAAAGUAAACUACAACACAUUGUUGGUGCCGUGUUCAGUAGCAAUUGUAAUGUUAUAUGUGUAUACACACAAACUAUAAUUUUAUGGACACAAUAAAGAAGGUAUUGAAAAAAGUAUUUACACAUUUCUAAAUUAACAGUC